AAAAGCCUUGAUCCUACUUUUUUUUUUGUAACCAUCAUUGAAGGGUGUCUAGUCAAGGGACAUGAAAACCUCCAUCUUCGACUUACCACAUAUUUCCAAUGACAUAUCUCAGUACCUAUCCCGGCACGACUUGACACAAUGUGUCCGGGUCUCCAAACAUUGGUUUAUAUGUUUCUCACCCAUACUAUGGCGACAUCCCUUCUUUAUCGGCUUUAAUGAUCCCAUCAACAACAACAAUAGUGACUGUAUUGGUGAUGGUGCUAAAAACGAUCGAAGCAUCCUCGACACACAAUUGUCGGCUUUAUUUCGCCACAAAGAGCACGUUCAACAACUAGAUACAAUCAUGUUUAACAUGAUCAUGUCUGACACGACUCGAGAUUGGACAUUUCCCAACCUCCUUAGAGCUUUGAUUCGCGGCUGUUCCUCUUUUUCUGUUUCUCGAUUAUCUUCUCUUCCUUUCUCUUCUUAUCCUCCUUCUCCCCCUCCUCCUCCUCCUCCUCCUCCUCCUGACCUUACAUGGGCCAUAGAAUCUACCAGAAGUCUACAAAUCCUGUCGACAUGCGGCAAGAUCCAGAGCCUGUCCAUCAUUGGGAUUAAUGGAGAGCAGCAUCAAGUUCUGGAUGGGUUCUUACAAUUAAUUGCCUCUCGCGUGGCAGCAGCUUUACCAGCAGAAGCAGAAGCAGAAAGGCAACAGCACGUGCAGUCCCCAGUACGAUCAGUUACACUGAACGGAAACCAAUUCUCAGUGCAGACGCUUUAUACGAUUAUCAAGGCCUGUCAUCGUUGUGAGUCUCUGUCGUUACAGAUUUCUCCACCUACUACUGAGAGUGAUGAUACCACUAGCGGCGAUGUUCUAGCAGCCACAGCUACGUUUUUACAAGAGACCCCAUACACCGCUAUUCAGCACCUUCAUAUUGAGCUGACCUCCUUCGCCACACAACAAAUUCUUCUUCCUCUUUUAGAAAAAUGUCCACAACUUGAAGAGCUGGUUCUGCAGGGGAUUACAAAUGAAACAACUUUUGAGGGGAUCGUUGAGUUCUUGAAGACUAGAAGAGCUAAUAAGCCAAGUAUGAAGAAAGGACUCAGACGGCAAUUGAAAUAUCUCGAGGUGGAUAUCAUGAAUUGUGGCCAACGCACAGAGCAGCUCAUCGAAGAGCUGAUAAGAUCAACGGGAUGUAACACCAGUAGUGUCAGCCAUAGCCAAAGCACCAUUAGAAGUGAUAGUGCCACAAGUUGGGUAGAGGGUGAGGCUGAUGAGAUCAGAAGUAAAGGCGGUUGUGGUAAAGGUGGAGAUGAUAGUACACUUGAGUCACUGGCGAUAUCAUAUCUGGCAACGAUUGGAAAUCGCUGUGCAGAAGCGCUCGUCCAGCACCAUUCUGAGACCCUGACUAAGUUCACAAACUGGCGUCCCAUCCCAUUGGAACACUUCUCGAUCCUUGUAAAUGGACUCGAACGGCUUCAAUUCCUGAAAGUCAAAGUGGACCUGGAUGGUGCCAAUGCUCCAAGAAGGCAGCAACGACUCCUCCCAUGGAGUUGCCUUGAACUGAGAAAGCUGGACAUUACGCUCAGUACGCUUCUGAAGCAUUCUUAUUCUCACGAUGAACUUGAGCAAGCAAACGAAAAAAACAUGGAAGCAUGGAAGUCCUCGGGUGGUUGGGAUCUUUUCCAAUAUCAAUUCUUACAGAUCGGAAGGUUAAAGCAGUUGGAAGUGCUGAAGCUUCGAAAUACAGGAAUGAUCCCUGUGAACAUGUUGUCAAGGCUUCAAACCAAGUACUCGAGCUUUUUGAGCCACCUUAAAUGGCUGAAGAGAUUGAGGGAAUUGUGUUAUCGUCCUGCAUCUGGUUGGCUAGAUUGGGGGGAAGAAGAAGCAAGAUGGAUGAUGGAACAUUGGUCCCAAUUAAAAGAGCUGGAGGUGUCGGCCCGUAUACCAGAGCGAUUUGGAGAGACAAUACAGGAUCUUUGUCCUCGUCUUGGAUGUUUUUUGCUAUCCUAGGAUUGUUUAUCACCAUCCUUAGUCACCAAACAAUCCAGUGCUUUAUAUUUAUAUAUCUGAAACAAUCGAGGAAUAGAAAAGAAUAAAGCCUUGGUUUCCAUAAAGCCCCAAGUGGAGCCGUAUAGCUAAUCAAUAAAGCCUUUCGAACUGAGUAGCUUAUAGAAACUGAUGGAAUAUGGUUUCCUUCCAACAUAGGUGCAUCUGAUAAAGCCUUCUAUGGUCUGGUAUGUUAUAAUGAGCGCUAAUGUUGGGGAAAAAAAAAAAGAC